AAGACUUCUGAUAGAAACGUUCACUGUACAAUCACUGCUCACUCUUGAACCAUACGCAAGAUUCCCGAUCUCGGAAAACCCCGAGGAAAAAUACUAUAUCUAGUUGACAAGUGAGUCUUGCAACGCCGGUUACAUCCGUGGCAGAAACAAAACACCUAUUCAAAGUAGAGACAGACAGUGUGAGGAGACAAGUUCGAAAGGCGACAUCAUGGACACAAGGGACACUGUUAACGGUGGAUGUGAAAAACCACAGCCAAUCACUGAUGAAGACGCUCAAUCUCACAAUUCCACCUUCUUUUCACAACGAAUGCUUCUGGCAUUCAUGGGCUGUUUCCAGGGAAUCAUACUUGAAGCUAAUAGGUCUAACUUGAGCGUGGCUAUCGUGUGUAUGGUUAACGCCACCGACAGCAGCAUCAACGUUACCGAGCCUACAGAACCAGUACCUGAGACUGCUGAGUUCUACUGGUCCAAGGCAGAGCAGGCCGGGCUCCUCAGCUCCUACUUCUAUGGUUACUUUGUUACACAAGUUCCUUCAGGCAUCUUGGCAAACAAAUUUGGUGGGAAGAACGUCAUGUUUGUCGGGAUGCUGAUUGGCUCGAUCAGCUCACUGCUUUUACCAAUCGGCGCCCGAUCUUCUAUCUACAUGGCCUACGCCCUCCGGGUGCUUCUCGGCGUGUCCCAGGCAGUGUAUUUCCCGGCUUCGCAGGCUAUGUGGGGAAGAUGGGCGCCGCCCUUGGAGAGAACAAAGCUCACUGCUAUCUGUUAUUCAGGGACAAUGUUUGGUGGGAUAGCAACAUUCGCCAUAUCAGGGCUGCUGUGUGUUUACGGAUUCGAUAAUGGUUGGGGGUCGAUCUUCUACAUCACAGGUGCUAUAUCGGUGUUUUGGUGCUUGUUGUGGUAUUACACGGUGGCGAGUACACCGGCUCAACAUCCCCGCAUCUCGAAAGCGGAGAUGAACUACAUCAUCAACAGUAUCGGAGAAACAGAACAGAAACAUCGAACGCCAUGGAAAGCCAUGAUGACGUCUCCAGCAUCUUGGGCGUUCAUUACUGGGCACGGAUGUUACAAUUGGAUCGCAUACACACUGACGACUAACAUCCCUAUAUAUCUUAAAGAAGUGUUGAACUUCGGCAUUACGGAGAACGGACUUCUUUCCUCAGUCGCCUUUGCCAGCCAGACUGUGUCCGGAAUGGUCACUGGUCAGCUGGCUGACUACUUGCGGUCAAGAAAAUACCUCACCACUACGGCCACGAGGAGGAUAUUCCAGAUAAUCUCGUUUAUGGGAACAGGGGCGUGUCUAAUAGGAGCGGGGUUUGUUGACGUGGCACAUCGCUAUACAGCUAUUGCCCUGAUAACAAUAGGCCUGUGGUUUUCGGGGAUGUCAUCGGCUGGGUACAUCGUCAACGCUGUCGACUUCGCUCCGAGACAUGCCGGUGUACUGUUUGGUAUUUCUAACUCUGUUGCAACAAUACCAGGGACAAUAUCACCUCUCCUUGCUGGUGCUAUCACGCCUAAUAAAACUCAGGAAGAAUGGAGGAACAUGUUCUACGUGUGUGGGGGAUUCUGCGUCCUGGGGAUGGUGGUGUUCGGCACCCUGGCUCAAGGCGAGCUGCAGCCUUGGGCUGUGAACCAGGUGGAGAUAAUUGUGGAAGAAGGACAGGAGGUCAAGGUUGCGUCAGGCAAAACUAGUGAUGGACAAAAUGGCGGCCUUGACGUGGAAACGGCUGAUAUUUCAACUCAGCUCUGACUUCGUCACAAAGUGAUGAACCAUUCUUAUCAAUGUAUAUGAACCGACUAGAAAUCAGGUUCAAAAUAUCACCCAUAAACACAACAUUACUGACCAUUCCCAUAUAACUCAAUUUCAGGUGGUACUGGUGACGCUUUACGUCACAACAAUAACCAUUUAGUGGUAAUAAGAAGUAUAUGUAAGCAGGCUGUAUAAUGUGUUUGCUUCAUUGUGUCUGUCGCAUGCGGCUCAUUUCGUUUUCUGAAACACGAGGUCACAUCAUACUUCAGAGACAUCAUGCAUGACCUUCUGUAUUCACAUAACCCAGGGAGUUGUUCUCAUGUAUGAUUUGGACAUUGAAGGUCAAGAUCUGAAGAAGGCUUUGUACGAGUGAGUGAGUGAGUGAGUUGGGUUUAACGCCGCUUUUAACAUUAUUCCAGUUAUAUCGCGGCGUGUCAGCUUAAUGUGUGAGGAAAGCCAGAAGU